ACUUUCACCUGAUGGCCUGAACUCGUCACAUGACAGUGGAGAGGCGCCCAUGUGGACUUUACAGAGGGAUUCUGGGUAAACUGGUUUUGUUCCGGGUUAGUUUGGGUCAUUAGUAAGAAAUCCGCAUCCCAGGUUGCAGUAUGCUUUUACCACGGCUUCUGCAGAAUGCGGCUUCGGCGCUCAGGUCGAUCCGCUUCAUACACCACAGCUCGCCGUGGCGAAGCCCCCUUAUCCCCAUAGUGGUGGAGCAGACGGGCCGGGGGGAGCGUGCCUAUGACAUUUACUCCAGGCUGCUUAGGGAGAGGAUCAUCUGCGUGAUGGGACCGAUCGACGACUCUGUGGCCAGUCUGGUCAUCGCUCAGCUACUCUUCCUGCAGUCAGAGAGCAACAACAAACCCAUUCAUAUGUACAUUAACAGUCCGGGGGGCGUGGUCACGGCUGGCUUGGCGAUCUACGACACCAUGCAGUACAUCCUGAACCCCAUAUCCACCUGGUGCGUGGGCCAGGCGGCGAGCAUGGGCAGCCUCCUGCUGGCUGCGGGCACCAAGGGCAUGCGGCACUCGCUGCCCAACGCCCGGAUCAUGGUGCACCAGCCCUCGGGGGGAGCGAGGGGUCAGGCCACCGACAUCGCCAUCCAGGCCGAGGAGAUCCUGAAGCUGAAGAGGCAGAUCAACAACAUCUACUGCAAGCACACGGGGCAGCAGCUGGAGACUAUAGAGAGCGUGAUGGAGCGAGAUCGCUACAUGGGUCCCGUGGAGGCCCAGGAUUUCGGGAUUAUCGACAGGGUGCUGGUCCACCCGCCCCAGGCUGGCAAGGACGAACCGGAGCUCGUGCAGAAGGAGACGCCCACCACUGCAGGCCACUCUGCCGCGGAGCCCGCACGGCCCAGCCAGGCCUCCCCAGCGACCAACCCCCCCUCGUCCUACAAACCCGAACCACGAAAUCAGUCCUGAAGCUCGCCAUCGCCGUGUCUGCGCUGAGGGUGUUCCACAGGAGGCAGUGAGCUCUGUUUUCCCAAUCAGAAGUUGUGUCUGUAGUUGAGAUGGAGAAUUGUUCUCUUCAAAUUGGACCCAGCAAAUAAAUCUCACCUGUAUUUAGAGGGACAGCUUGCGCAUGGGAUGGUCAUGUUACAGGAAAGAAUCAGUCAUGAGUCAUUUGACAUGUCUAGCAGAUGCUUUGGAUAAAAGUGACACUUAAGAGAUCCGACUCAUCCAGCCCUUGGACAGGUGCGGGUUAAGGGUUCGGGUCAAGGACAAGGGGUGAAAGCACCUGGCUGACCCUGGGAUUCGAACCGGUGACCUUCCAAUAAGAAGGCAUGGAGUGACUUUGGCCUGUAAGACCUACUGGCUGACAAAGCGAUUCCAUUAAUUUGAUGUAGAGCUGCAAUGUAUUGGAAGAAAUUCAAAUUAUUGUGAUGUUAAUUUGUGAUAAAUGUUGCAAUAUUCAUAAAGCAAAAGGAGUUGGAAAAUUUACCCAAAAUAAACUAUAGUCAAAUAGAACUUA